AUGUCACGACAGGCCAUGAGUGGAAGUCGGACAAGCACGAUGGACUCGGCGACGUCGGGGCCAGGACAGUCGCAGAUGUAUGCCAGUGGCUUCAAGCCUCCUUCGAGCUCUUACCUAUCAGAUAUGGGUGGUAGCCAGGCAGGUGUCUCCAGACAGGAAGCAAACAGGCCCGAGCCUGACGACGAGACGAGAGAUAUCAUGACACCUCGAAGUAAUGGGCCUCCAUCUGCGGGCCCCUCGCCAGCCCAGCCACGGUCUGGCGGAGGCAAUAUAGUAGGGACACCUGGAGGAUCAUCUCAGCAUCUGUCUGGUCUUAUGUGUAAUGUACAUCGAACGACUGGACGCGAGCCACACCCAUUGGUCGGAGCUACAACUACGAUUCUGGGAGAUAAGCUAUAUGUUUUUGGUGGGCGGAUCCUGUCUCGUUCCAGGCCAGUCUUGACAUCGGACCUGUAUGAGCUGGAUCUCAUAAGGAGGCAUUGGACAAAGAUUGAUGCGUCUGGGGAUACCCCCCCACCAAGAUACUUUCACAGUGUAUGUCCUCUUGGAGAUACCAAACUUGUGUGCUAUGGUGGAAUGUCUCCUGCUCCAUCACAGGGGCAGGCACAAGCUGUAGCAGCUGCGCAAGAGACACAACCAGAAGUGGUUGUAAUGUCCGAUAUCUACAUUUAUGAUGCGCCAACCAAAUCCUGGACGUUCAUUCCCACCCAAGACACACCACAAGGAAGAUAUGCUCACUGCGCAACAAUCCUUCCAUCAUCUGCCACCUUUUCUUCAACAAGUGCAGCCUCAUCCGCAAUUCAGCACAACCUUCCUGGCUCAAAUCCCAAUUCGGGGACCUUGGGUGUCAAUCUAGAUGGGACUGGGGGGGCUGAAAUGGUUGUAGUAGGAGGUCAGGAUAGCGCCAAUCACUACAUUGAGCAGAUCAGCGUCUUCAACCUUCGAAGUCUAAAAUGGACCAGCACACAACAACUGGGAAAGAGUUGUGGAGCAUAUCGCAGUGUUGUUGCUCCUCUUCCGAGCAGUGCUACUUCACGACUUGGAAAGAGCUCGCCCACGAAAUCAGAUACUGGUAACAUGGCACAGGAAUCGAGGGAGUCUGGAUCAUCUAUGUUGAUUUACUCCAACUACAACUUUUUGGAUGUCAAGUUGGAACUUCAGAUACGGUCGUCCGAUGGGACAUUGUCUGAGAAGCCAAUGCAAGGCACUUUUUCGCCGCCUGGACUACGAUUCCCCAAUGGUGGAGUGAUCGAUACCAACUUCGUUGUUAGCGGUACAUAUCUGACUUCUUCCAAACAAGAAUAUGCUUUAUGGGCAUUGGAUCUGCGAACCUUGACUUGGAAUCGUAUUGAUGCCGGCGGUAGCGUCUUCAGCCAGGGUAGUUGGAACAGAGGUGUUCUCUGGAACCGGCGAAAUACCUUCGUUAUUCUUGGAAACCGAAAGAGAAGUUUGGUUGAAGAUUACAAUCAUCGUCGUAUCAACUUCAGCAAUGUCUGCAUGGUUGAGCUCGAGGCUUUUGGUCUGUAUGACAAUCCGAGGAGAGCGGCACCCAUGUCGGGCUUUGUCUCGGCAAGCUCUCCGUUCAACGUUCCUUCUUUAAGUCUUGGUGCGAAAGCUGGCUGGACUGCCGGCGGUCGCUCUCUAUCGAAAGCUGCUGAAGAGUUAGGUCAAGCAGCCCUCGGGUUGCGGGAGUUGGCAGAUAUGGAUAUUCUGUGCGUUGGCGGAGAGCGCAUACCCGUCAAUUCUCGAGUCGUUGCCCGGAGAUGGGGACCAUACUUUGUGCAACUACUACGAGAAGGUGCUGCAACACAAGACGGCAACGACGCGGCUACCCUCCGGCCUGAAAAUGUGUUCCGUCAUAACCCGAGUAGGAACAGUAGUGUGACCAUUACUCCCAGUAUUGGUGCUCAAUCUUCAAGCAUGAGUACUGCUUCGACCUUGAAUAACACGUCUACUUCGUCACUCGCCCCCGGGAAUCAAGUAUCAGCUGAAGUCGCGACCUCAUCACUUCCUCCAGAUGCUAGCACACUAUCUCCCUCAUCUCGACCACGAACUCUGUACUUACCUCACACACAACUGACGCUUAAAGCGCUCCUCCACUUCAUCUAUACCUCCGCUCUGCCGCCUGCAUCUUCUUCCCACUGCACUCCGCAAAUACUCUGUUCCCUUCUACAAAUCGCCCGUCCUUACAAGAUUGACGGCCUCCUCGAAGCUGUCGUCGAGCGUCUCCACGAGAUCCUUGAUUCCCGGAAUGCUGCAGCAGUUUUCAAUGCGUCGGCCAUGGCAGCCGGUGGCGGCCGCUCAACAAGCUCCAUUUCAGGUCUUGGGGAGAAUUGGCUGUCCCCGGAUUUCCAGGAUGUCCCCGGAGGAAAUCCCAGUUCAGCACCUCAGGUGCUACAUAUCGGAGCCCUUGGUGGAGAUGCCAGUUCUCGGGCUCAGCAAAAUUUGCGAAUCAACACUGCAGUGGGCGGAGGUCGUAAGCCAGAAGAAGACGAGGCUACUAGCGCGACGAGUAGUGUUGCGAGUGACGUAUCGGAGUCCGACUUGAGUGGUAGUGUGGGGACAUCAGAGACCGGGCAGAGGGCCAGCCGCGAGAGAGAUGUUUGGAAGGGUGAUGUUAGUGCUGUUAUAGGAUUGCAAAAACGCGGUUUGAGGGGCCUGAUGGAGGGGAGGAGGUUACGAGAACGUGGUGCUAGCGUUGGCGCACAAGCACAGAACCAGGGCAUGAGAGUUGGUUUGGGCAUCGGUGGGACUGCUUAA